AGCGAGCAUCUCGAUUAUUGUGUUUUUAACAGUGACAGUGUAAAGUAAGAAUUGUGAAAGAGAGAAAAAAAUGGCUCGUACAAAGCAGACCGCUCGCAAAUCAACUGGAGGCAAGGCUCCUCGCAAGCAGUUGGCCACUAAGGCAGCACGUAAAAGUGCACCAGCUACUGGCGGUGUCAAGAAACCUCAUCGCUAUCGCCCUGGCACUGUUGCUCUGCGUGAAAUUCGUCGCUACCAGAAGAGCACUGAAUUGCUUAUUCGCAAGUUGCCGUUCCAGCGUCUAGUGCGUGAAAUCGCUCAAGACUUCAAGACUGACCUUCGUUUCCAGAGCUCAGCUGUGAUGGCACUCCAGGAAGCUAGCGAAGCCUAUUUGGUUGGCCUAUUCGAAGAUACAAACUUGUGUGCCAUCCAUGCUAAGCGUGUCACAAUCAUGCCCAAGGACAUUCAACUGGCCAGACGUAUUCGCGGCGAGCGCGCUUUAUCUGCGUCUCCCGUGACUCCCCAAACAGCCUCAGCUGAGAAGAAGGUAGCUGCUAAAAAGCCAGCAUCCGCAUCGAAGGCAAAGAAAACAACGGCUCCUCCAACACACCCACCAACUCAGCAGAUGGUGGACGCAUCGAUACAAAAUUUAAAGGAACGUGGUGGCUCAUCCCUUUUGGCUAUAAAGAAAUAUAUCAGUGCCACUUACAAGUGCGAUGCCCAAAAACUAGCCCCAUUCAUUAAGAAGUACCUGAAGAAUUCAGUUGCGAAUGGAAAGUUGAUUCAAACAAAGGGCAAGGGUGCAUCUGGUUCGUUUAAGUUGUCUGCAUCUUCCAAAAAGGAGCCUAAGCCUAAGGUGUCCUCUGUAGAGAAGAAAUCCAAGAAGGUAACUUCGUCGGCAGCAGCAGCUAAAAAGAAAACUAUAUCUGCUACCAAGAAACCAAAGGGUGUCGCUGAUAAGAAGUUGUCGAAGGCUGUGGUGACCAAAAAGAGUGUUGACAAGAAGAAAGCUGAAAAAGCGAAGGCCAAAGAUGCAAAGAAAGUUGGCAACUAUGCCGAGCGUGUUGGUGCCGGUGCUCCAGUGUACUUGGCGGCUGUUAUGGAAUACUUGGCCGCUGAAGUUUUGGAGUUGGCUGGUAAUGCAGCCCGCGAUAACAAGAAAACCAGAAUUAUCCCUCGCCAUCUGCAAUUGGCCAUCCGCAACGAUGAGGAGUUGAAUAAACUGCUUUCAGGCGUCACUAUUGCCCAGGGCGGUGAAAGAGAGAAAAAAAUGGCUCGUACAAAGCAGACCGCUCGCAAAUCAACUGGAGGCAAGGCUCCUCGCAAGCAGUUGGCCACUAAGGCAGCACGUAAAAGUGCACCAGCUACUGGCGGUGUCAAGAAACCUCAUCGCUAUCGCCCUGGCACUGUUGCUCUGCGUGAAAUUCGUCGCUACCAGAAGAGCACUGAAUUGCUUAUUCGCAAGUUGCCGUUCCAGCGUCUAGUGCGUGAAAUCGCUCAAGACUUCAAGACUGACCUUCGUUUCCAGAGCUCAGCUGUGAUGGCACUCCAGGAAGCUAGCGAAGCCUAUUUGGUUGGCCUAUUCGAAGAUACAAACUUGUGUGCCAUCCAUGCUAAGCGUGUCACAAUCAUGCCCAAGGACAUUCAACUGGCCAGACGUAUUCGCGGCGAGCGCGCUUAAAUUUCUUCUCUCUGCCUUGUACAUAUACAAAUCGCACCCAACAAAUCGGUCCUUUUCAG